UCCCGGUUGCGAUGCUGUGCGGCAGCGAGUGCGCGCAAUUACGCAACACCCCCGCCUGUCCCGCGAGCUCUAACCGGAUCAGCGUCUCUCCUCAGCCUCUCCGGUCCCGCAGCCCGACCUGACACCGGCCAGCUCUCAGCAGACCGACCGUCUCGUGACUCCAACCAGCUCCAGCUGCCAUGGGAAAGGAGAAACUCCACAUCAACAUCGUCGUGAUCGGCCAUGUGGACUCCGGCAAGUCCACCACCACGGGCCACCUCAUAUACAAGUGCGGCGGCAUCGACAAGAGAACUAUCGAGAAGUUUGAGAAGGAAGCUGCUGAGAUGGGGAAGGGGUCGUUCAAGUACGCCUGGGUGCUGGACAAGCUGAAGGCUGAGAGGGAGCGCGGCAUCACCAUCGACAUCUCGCUGUGGAAGUUUGAAACCAGCAAGUACUACGUGACCAUCAUAGAUGCCCCGGGUCACAGGGACUUCAUCAAGAACAUGAUCACCGGGACCUCCCAGGCAGACUGUGCCGUGCUGAUUGUGGCGGCCGGUGUGGGAGAAUUCGAGGCAGGUAUUUCCAAGAAUGGACAGACCCGUGAGCACGCCCUCCUGGCCUACACGCUCGGGGUGAAGCAGCUCAUCGUGGGCAUCAACAAGAUGGACUCCACCGAGCCCAACUACAGCCAGAAGCGCUACGAGGAGAUCGUGAAGGAGGUGAGCACCUACAUCAAGAAGAUCGGCUACAAUCCGGACACCGUCGCCUUCGUGCCCAUUUCAGGCUGGAACGGAGACAACAUGCUGGAGCCGAGCCCCAAUAUGACUUGGUUUAAAGGGUGGAAGAUCAAUAGGAAGGAAGGCAAUGCAUCAGGGACAACACUGCUGGAGGCUCUGGACGCCAUCCAGCCUCCGACCCGUCCAACAGACAAACCUCUGCGUUUGCCCUUGCAGGACGUCUACAAGAUAGGAGGUAUUGGAACGGUGCCUGUAGGCCGCGUGGAAACAGGCAUCCUAAAGCCUGGCAUGGUGGUGACCUUUGCCCCCGUCAACGUGACCACUGAGGUGAAGUCUGUGGAGAUGCACCAUGAGGCUCUGACCGAGGCUCUUCCUGGCGACAACGUGGGCUUUAACGUCAAGAACGUGUCUGUCAAGGACAUUCGCCGUGGAAACGUGGCCGGCGACAGCAAGAACGAUCCUCCGCAGGAAGCUGCCAACUUCACCGCUCAGGUGAUCAUCCUCAAUCAUCCCGGCCAGAUCAGUGCUGGUUAUGCUCCUGUGCUGGACUGUCACACUGCUCACAUUGCCUGCAAGUUUGCGGAGCUCAAGGAAAAGAUUGAUCGUCGCUCCGGCAAGAAGCUUGAAGACAAUCCCAAAGCCCUCAAGUCUGGAGAUGCUGCCAUCGUAGAUAUGAUUCCUGGCAAGCCCAUGUGUGUUGAGAGCUUCUCUGAGUACCCACCACUGGGUCGUUUUGCGGUGCGAGACAUGCGUCAGACUGUGGCCGUCGGCGUGAUUAAGGGCGUGGAGAAGAAGGUCUCCACCACUGGUAAAAUUACCAAGUCCGCCCAGAAGGCCCAGAGGAACAAAUGAAUGUUGUGCUACACUGCCGACCCCAAGGUCUCCCAGGGCAGGACAUCAGUCAUCCAACUCCAUCCUACAAUUGGCUGCUUCAACUUAAUAAUUAAAGACUGGUUAAUCAUCACAAUGCAUCGCAAAAGCAUUCGAAGGAAAGAAAAACACGUAGAUCUUUAGUCCUUGAGGCGGCACUCCUGACUCCAUUUCAGUGGUUAGAUUACCAUUACGUACAGUGUAAUAUCAAAAAGAUAGUUUUAAAUGUGCACUGUUGGUUUGGUUCAUGGCAAUACCUUUCUUUGAUAUUGAGAAAUCGAACAGUUAGAGAUACUGUAAUUUAUCAUCUCUAUAGCUCUCUGGAGUGCAGGUCCUGGUCUCUUUACGUGGUACAUGUUGUCCUGCUUUUAGUGUUUGUUUGCAACUACAUGGUGCUCUGUAGGAGCCUAUGGCAAGAAGCAAAAUCUAUAUUCUUCUGAGUAGUGGAUUAGUGGAAAAUUUGUUGUGUUUUAGCUUUAAAAAGCACUUAAAACAAAAUGGUCCAAAUGUGUUCUUACUAAGGGACUCAGAGUAGACCGCCUGUUGAAUCUUAAAGCACUUUGAUUGGCGUUUUGCUAACUUUGCACAUGCACUGGAGAAGUUUAAAUUGGCAUCAGCUUCUGCACCUUAUUGUAAGAUGGCAUGAGCCUCUUUGCAACAUUAAACAUAUUUCAACCAAAA